AUGACGACGGUAAACCCAUAUUCGCCCUUGCCCGCCAGAAUUGCCGGAAGCAUCCAGUUAACAGCCACAACAAACUCCGCAUUGUCUGUGUUUCGCAACGUGAUGUGGCCGGCUGCAAAUUCAACCGUCUAUUUGAACGAUUCCCUCAAUAAUGCCACCUUGAUCCUCAAUGAUCAUUUCGAGGACUUCAUAAACAAGUGGGAUCGCAAGUUUGAGGAACUUAGGGUUGAAAUCGCUGAACCUUCCAUUCCCACAACCACGAUCUCUAACCCGACACCUACAUCACCAGUUACAGCAACUAACACCAUAUGGCCAGAGUUUUACACCACUCAUCGAGAAUACAACGAGUGGGUUGGGUACACACUCUAUUGCUUUGUGAAACAAGAGGUCAAACGCAAUCCAAAUAUCUACACUGCGGCCACCAUCUUUAUUCUUGUCAACUACUGGCUAGUGCUGUCUGCUCGAAGGUCUGAAUUAGUACAGAAGCGGGGCGCAACGAAGGGGUUAUCUACAGAUGGUACAAAUGAAGCACGCGAUCAGCUUUCUGCACAAAAUGCCCGCUUGGAGUUAUUAGAAGCAAAGGUCGAUGGACUUUUAUUUGCACCUGCUACUGAUUUGACAGACGGGCAGCACCGUCUUUCAAGGAACGCUCCUGGGAGAGUCCCACCAUUGAACGAUACCAGGCAUGACAUAAGGCGGGCCCAACGAAUAUCGAUCAACCAGUCUGAAAGACUCGAAUUCGCAUCCCUUCAAGAGCAGUUAGAGGUGAUGAGGCAAGAUUUAGUUUCGUUGAAAAACACUUCGGAGGCUCGCUCAGAGCGCAUAAAUUUCAUGAUAGACACUAUUACGGAGUUUAAAAAGGACGCUCAAACGGAAAAGUGUACGAAUAGACUGGAGGAUAUAGCCUCGAUCAAGAAAAGUGUUUCUGAAGAACUUAAAUCAGAGAUUGAAUCCAUUCGAGCCCAGAUAACUGAUUUGGAACAUGCUGCUAUCUCCUUCCGAGAGGAGUCAAAGAAAAGCAUUGCAGAUCAUAUGUCCUCUAUAAUAUAUACCAUCAACGGGUUGCAAAAAGAAUCCGAAAGAGCCAAACGAAAAGGCCAACUCGCAGAUUUGGCCUCAAUCAAAGAAAUGUCCCGAGAACACAAAUCAGAGUGUGAGUUACUUCAAGAGCAGAUAACGGAUCUGCAACAUUCUACAUCUACGCUCAAAGAGGAAUCAGAAGAAUGCAUUACAAAGCAUGUAUCUACAAUAAUAAGUACGAUCAACGAAUUGAAGAAAGAUUCAGAAACAGCUAAACGCAUGAAUCACGCGCCAGCUAUCGAUUCGGUGAAAAAGGAUGUGUCUAAUCUCAAACACUCCAUGAAGAAACUUGAACAUGAACUGGAUGAAAAGAGGGAUGAUGCCAGGGCUAUCGAUUUACAUAAGCUGAAGGCGUCUGUGGAGGCUCUACAACAAGACAAAACUGGAGCACUGAAGGAAUUCUCUAUACGUCUGGAUAGAGUAGGAGAAGUGCUACAAUCGCAACCAUGGAUGGCCGAAAGUGAAACGUUCAAUCAGCGGAUCUCGAACGUUACAAGUAAGCUUCAGGCUCUAGAAAGGAGUACACAGACUGAAAAGAGCCUAAGCUUUCUCCAAUCGCAAUUGGAGUCACUGAGUACUAAAGUUGAUUUUACGGAGACUUCGUUAAAAGAGCUAAAGGGAGAAACUGCGACGAAAUUUGAACACAAGUCCCUUUUGAUGGAAGUUAAGCACCUUGAAGGCCGUAUACAGCAGUGGGAAACCAUUCCUCAGAAAGGUCCAGUUAGUGUCGUUAACGAGGAUUCGGUCAAACUGAGGGAUCUGGGUAAAAAUUAUGUGGACCUCAUGUCGCAAUUUGCCGAAAUCAAGGACGCCUUCGCUUCCCUAGUUUCAAGCGAUAUCCCUAAGCAGCGCUCAGAAGACCAUAACCAAGUUACUGAAGCUAUCCGACAAAGUGCAAGCCAACUUGAGAAAAAGAUUAAAUCUCAGUAUGCUCGUGAGGAGGAUGUCCGCAAAUGCCUAAAUGUUAUUCAACCAGAAGGAGGCAAACCCAUCGACCUACGAAGCCUUAAGGAAAGACUGUCUGAUAUUGAGAAUUACGCAUACGGAACGAAAAAUGACCUAAUUAUGGCCAAGGAAAGAAUAACUGAUAGCGAGCAACAUAUAGAAACUUUGCGCGAGGGGAAUGCUACGAACUACAAAGAUAUUCGUCGAUGCCUUGGAAAGUUAGGGCUUCCAGGGAGCGUUGUGUCCCUUAGUGAACCUAUCAAUCCAAAACAUGUUCCUGCAGAAUCUAAACCACCCGUCCACAUUGAUAUGUCAGUGGGGAGAAAGAUUAACGCGCCGCAAUCCUCCAGUCCUCAGGACCGAGGGGAUAAGAACAUUAGCCAGUUUGAUCCAAGGUACAAGGGAGAUGGAAAACCUACCGGCUCGGGCAGUUCGUCAGCGGCCACCCAAGAUCUGGUGGGGGUAAAUCAGAAAGAAAACAGAAACCGGUUUGAUGAAAAUGAUAAGAGAAGCGACUCUAAUACAGAGCCUAGCCCGUCGAAGGUUUCUGACGGCCUGCUAGAGACAAGACAGGAUAAAAACAUUAGUCGAUAUGACCCAAGAUAUAAGGGUGACGACAAAUUCAGAAGUUCUUACUCUGAGUCAGGAUCUCCGGGGAUGUCCAAAACUAGAGGAAACCUAAACCCCAAGGCAGAGUCAUUUGGGGAAUCUUCCAAAAGACAGGGGAACAGAAGCCUGGCGUUAAAGGCCAGCUUUUCUCCCCUAGUAUUUGGGAGAAAAGUAAAUCAGGAGGCUGAGGAACCAGCGGAGAAUAAAGCUGACACAGGCGAGCAUUCAUCUCAAUCUUCUGUUCAAGCCUCCACGCCUCAAGAGGAGCAUCAGGGAGGGCCACGGGAGAAUGAAGAAAAGAACGCAGAUUCCCCAUCAGCUCUAGAUCAUAGUGAUGGUAAAGACUCUAUUUCUCCCCUUGCUGAUACUGCUGCCGAAAAAUCUCCCGAGGAGUCAGUUACGGACAAGAUGGAAGAUGAGAAAUGA